AUGGCGUACCAUCAACCCGUAGACGAGGAACGCGGCGGAACCUGGGGCAUGCCCAGCCACCAGCAAACUGGUCACGAUAUUCCUCUGCACGACCGACUCCAAUCUCCGCCGCCGUUGGUCCCGCCCACCCAUCUAGCUAACGACCCUUACUAUGCCUCUCAAGGCUAUCGACAGGGCGAGUACUUGGAACCUACCACCUAUGGGGGCGGGGGAAUGCACGAGGACUACGACUCUUCCACCUGGGUACCUGCCUCCCAACAUCCCUCAAGUAAUUAUGAAUCCUCUAUCGGCGGUGGUCAGAAUUAUGAACCCAAGAUAUCAUCUACCUUCGACCACCCCGUGGCGAAUGACACACACGAAGACGUCCCAUUGAUCACGAACACGGGUGGAUAUCAUCAGAGCAGCUAUACCCCAGGCGGAUUCGCUGCAGAAGUUCCCACCGAAGAUAGCUACGUUCGUUACGGUCGCAUUCCUCAACGUCAACCCAGACGGUACAAGACCGUCAAGCGAGUCGAGCUCUAUCACGGCAACCUUGUCCUGGAUUGUAAAGUGCCUACCAAACUGCUGGCGAUGUGUCCUCGGAAGGACGAACGCGAAUUUACCCACAUGCGAUACACAGCAGCUACUUGUGAUCCCAACGACUUCAAAGACGAACGAUACACUUUGAGGCAGGUAUUGUACGAGCCAGCGCGUCGAACAGAGCUUUUUAUCGUCAUGACUAUGUACAAUGAGGACGACCAGUUAUUCACACGAACAAUGCAUGGUGUGAUGAAAAAUGUUCAACAUCUCUGCUCUCGUGACCGGUCAAAAACAUGGGGCAAAGAUGGAUGGAAGAAAGUGGUGGUAUGCAUCGUAUCGGAUGGUCGAUCGAAGAUUAACUCGCGUACGCUCUCCGUCCUGGCCGCCAUGGGAGUUUACCAAGACGGAGUGGCAAAGAAUGUUGUCAACGACAAGCCAGUGACCGCGCAUAUCUAUGAAUACACCACCCAGAUCUCCAUCGACCCCGACUUGAAAUUCAAAGGGUCCGAAAAAGGGCUCGUGCCUGUCCAGAUCCUGUUCUGUUUGAAGGAGAAAAACCAAAAGAAGAUCAACUCUCACCGAUGGUUUUUCAACGCAUUCGGUCCUAUCCUCCAACCGAACGUCUGUGUACUCCUUGAUGUUGGUACCCAGCCCGGCGUCUCUUCAAUCUAUAGACUGUGGAAGAGCUUCGACAUCAAUUCAAACGUUGGAGGAGCUUGUGGUGAAAUCGUUGCUCUGAAGGGCAAAUUCCUUAGAAAUCUCUUGAAUCCUCUUGUGGCUGCUCAAAACUUUGAGUACAAAAUGUCAAAUAUCCUCGAUAAACCGCUGGAAUCCGUUUUCGGUUACAUCACGGUUCUACCGGGCGCUUUCUCCGCCUAUCGAUACAUUGCCCUGCAAAAUGAUGCCAAGGGAGAAGGUCCAUUGACGCAAUACUUCAAGGGAGAAACGCUAGGUCAUUCCGCCGAUGCAGACCUGUGGACCAAGAACAUGUAUCUGGCAGAAGAUCGGAUUUUGUGCUGGGAGCUUGUCAGCAAACGGAAUAGCUCGUGGAUCUUACAUUAUGUGAAAAACUCGUUUGCGGUCACUGAUGUCCCAGACCAGGUUCCUGAACUGAUCUCUCAACGUCGUCGAUGGCUGAAUGGAUCAUUUUUUGCCGCUAUCCAUUCGACUGUACAUUUUGGCUAUCUAUAUCGAUCGAGCCACUCUUUUAUCCGCAAAGCCGUGUUGCAUUUUGAAAUGGUAUACCAGACUUUCAGCAUGCUCUUUUCGUGGUUCGGUUUGGCCAAUUACUACAUCGCAUUCGUCAUUCUUACCAAAUCGAUGGAAGACCCAUCAUUCAAUUUCAACGGUAUUCAAUACUUCAACGAUGUUUUGAGAUAUAUCUACCUUGGUGUAUUAAUCAUGUGCUUUCUACUGGCCAUGGGCAAUCGCCCUCAGGGCUCUAAAGUGAUGUUCACUAUAGCUCUAGUGGUAUUUGCGUUUAUAACACUCUAUAUGACAUUCGCUGGUGUUUUCAUCGCCGUUAAGGGGAUCAUGAACGCCGAAGCAGCGAUCGUCGCAAAUGGCGGUCAUUUCACAGUCGCGGAUAUCUUUGCAAACAAGAUCUUUCGGAAUAUCGUGCUAUCAUUAGUCGCCACUUUUGGCUUAUGGCUGAUCGCAUCUUUCAUGUUCUUUGAGCCUUGGCACAUGUUCACCUCUUUUGCACAAUACAUCUUGAUGUCUCCCUCCUUCAUCAACGUGAUCAACGUUUAUGCGUUCUGUAACGUACACGAUGUAAGUUGGGGGACGAAAGGAGACAACAAAGUCGAGACCGAUCUCGGGGUCGUCAAGGCGGCUGAAGACGGCAAGACGGGUAAGGUGGAUAUCACUGUGCCCACGGACGAGAAAGAUAUCAACGCGGCCUACGACGAUGCAUGUCAUGUGCUAUCUAAUAAACCUCCGCCGGAAAAAGAAACUAUCGAUGUCGAAACCAAGAUGACGGACUCCUACCGUAAUAUCCGUACCAAUGUCGUCCUGGCUUGGGCUUUGAUGAAUGGUGCAUUAGUCGCUGUAAUUCUAUCUACCAAAGCGGGCACAAAUAUCUCUCAAGAUGGCGAUUCUGCAAAAGUUAAUUCAUACAUGACCUUUUUGCUGUAUAGCGUAUUCGGGCUAUCGUUCGUCAAGUUCUGCGGCACAACUAUGUAUCUGGUUCAGUUUAUCUUUACAGGAUGA